AUGGAACCAAGAUCUUCCGCUGAGGAUGCAACGUCAGGGUCGGAAAUCCAGCGGUCCGAUGCAAAGGAUCGCUCCAGCAUGAAUAUAGAGCUGCAGCCAGAGACGCGUCCCAUAUCACUAUCACAACUCGUCAACGAAGUCAAAGGGAUCUACGUCGGAUUAGUCAUGGUGGAAACAAAAUGUAUCGAAGUCGACUCGGAAAAGGGUGGCGUCGGGAGCAAUCCGCAGACAAAGUUCACCGACGAGCAAUGGCAAGCGUUGAUCACCUUGCACCGCACACUCUUGCACGAGCACCAUGACUUCAUGCUGGCCUCACAACAUCCAUCUGCAUCUCCGGCAUUGCGACGACUAGCUGUUAAGUAUGCAAUGCCAGCAAGAAUGUGGCGCCACGGAAUUCACAGUUUCCUCGAACUUCUGCGCCACCGGCUCCCAGACUCUCAGGAGCAUAUGAUCACUUUUAUUUAUUUGGCUUACUCGAUGAUGGCGCUGCUUUACGAGACUGUGCCUGCCUUUGAAGACACCUGGGUUGAAUGCCUUGGCGAUUUGAGCCGCUACCGAAUGGCUAUUGAAGAUGACAAUCAAAGAGUCCGCGAUACUUGGACACAAGUUUCCGCAGGCUGGUAUACGAUAGCCUCUAAUCAUGCUCCUACAACUGGCCGCCUCUAUCAUCAUCUCGCCAUCUUGGCACGGCCCCAAAUAGUCACCCAGCUCUACUUGUACCUUAAAAGUCUUUGCGUCCCAGUCCCGUUCUCCUCUACAAACGAAUCGAUCCUGACACUUCUCGACCCUAUCCUUAACAACAAGCCUCCAGCCGGAGUUUCUGAGCUCGAAGUGCUAUUCGUUACACUCCACGCCAUCCUUUUCACUGGAAAAUCAAACUCAUCGUUCGCGACAAUUAGUGCGAAGUUUUUGAAAGCUCUUGACAGCCACAUCACUACUGGCGGAAAAAGCCUUAUCGAGACAGGUGUCUACAUUGCCAUUAUCAACAUAUGUGCAGUGCUUGGCUUUGGAGCCGACAACAACGUUCUUAUGAAGCUUUUACGCCAGCCAAAGACUAGCAGCACAAAUGCAAUUGAUGGAACUAGCAAUGCCGAUUUGCGGUCUAUCGAGGAGUCUUCGUCUGCGGAACCUCCGAGCCGAGCGCAAGCGCUGACAACAGGCACAGACCGCAUUAUAUUUUCACGCUUUGGUGUAGAAUCCUUAUAUGGUUACAUACAUGCGCGUCUGGUGUGGCUAGUAGAAAUGGCACAGCUUCCCGGUGCUAUGAUUUGCCUGGAACGCCAUGUGGAUUGGGCGCUUCUGGUUGAUUAUCUCAAUGACUUGAUCGGCACCUAUAACCAGUAUGAGCGUUUGGAGAUGGAUACUGUCAUGAUUGCUCCUUCGGGUAGUAAUGACAACGUGGAGGUACACCCGAGACAAAUCCCGGGCCGGACGCCCGAGACUUCUACGCCAAACAACUCUGAGACGGGGCCUAGAGCCUUGUCGGGCGCAUCAGAAGUGAAAGCAACGGAUGCACCAACUCCUACGAUUGCAGAACCGCCGCGGCCACGGAGUGUGGAGGAGAGGCCACUCCCUGAGGAUUGGAAGCAUCGUGGAAUGAUCUAUGCACAAAAUACAUUUCCCAGGGGCUGGUUUGGUGAUUUCGGUGCUGUGGACGACGGUGAGAGACUGAUGGAGACGCCUGCGAUGACAAAGAUACGGAAGGAGAGGAUUCUCUGGCUGGCAGUUCGCUUGACAAAAUUUUCAACAAAUAUCGUCUACGACAAGAAUACUCACCUUUUCUCUGUAGGUGAGUAUGCUGCCGACAAAAGUAUUGCAAGGGGAAAGGAGGAUGACGAAGGUGGCCAAGACGAUGAGGACGAUGAUAUAAAUCUGUCAGAUAUGGAGUCGCUGGCUUACUCCGCAAACUUGAACAUCAAGUCAACGGACUCAGUGCUUGAUCACAUUUCCAUUAAGCGGUAG